AUGUCAAACACAGGAUUUCCUGCAUAUGUGAGUUUCUUUUUUGCAUGCUGCUUCUGUUGCUUCUGUUGCAGCAGAGCGAUGCCAACUCAAGUCAAACAGGAGGCAGUAAACAACAACAGGCCUGUGAUUGGUAAGUGAUUAUGAAGCAACUAGUUGACACUUGAAUUUUUGUCUUCUUUGAGUUAAAGGGACAGGUUUCUCACAGCUUCUUUCUCAGGAGUGUCCUCACAACUGUUUUUGUCCCCCAGGUAUUUUGACACAGUUAGUUUCAGAUGAAGUUAUGAAACCAUUCGGGAGGACCUACAUACCUGCCUCUUACGUGAAAUACAUUGAGUCUGGAGGCAGCAGAGUGGUACCCAUCAGGUAAACUGACUCCUCUAAUGCUGCUUGUAACAGCUACACAAGACUUUAUGCAUUUAAAGGGAGAUUUUUCAUGUAUUAUUUGAUAUUUUUAGUGAGUGAGCAACAAGUACAGGGUGAAUUUUCAAUCAUUGAGGCUGACGAAGUUUAGUGAUUAUCAGUUUAUUUACUGAUGACAUUGGUAAUAACAGUAUAAAGUAUAAAUAGUCAUUCAGUUGAUUAAAAUCUUAAGUUAGUGAAGAAAACGCAUAUCCUUUUUUAGAUGAGCUGAAAUCAACCGGAAACUAUUUGUCUUCUGUUUAAUCAUUGGCAGAUCAUUUUUUUAUCUAUCUAUCUGUUGAUUGUUUGACUGAAAGUUUCAGCUUUAUUGUGGAUAUGCCUGCAGAUACAUCUUCAUAUUGAUGUCAUUAAACACUUUUGAAACCCACAGUAAAGUAAAAUAAACGUAUAACACAAAGCAUGCUUGCUAAUGUAACUGACAUCUGUUGGAUGUUUUGAGCCCUUGCUGUGUAAUCAGACAUUGAGGUUUGCUGCUGAAGCGUAAAAAGAGGAAGUUGAUUUUCUUUCUCCCUGGUUUUCUGGUUCUCAUUCAUAGCCCUCUGGUUGAUUUUAUGUUGCUGCUGUAAGACCUAGUUUUCUACAUUUGUCAUCCACAGAUUGACUCUAACUACAGCUGAAUAUGAAAACAUCUUCAGGAAGAUAAAUGGGUGUGUUUUUUUUUUUUAAUCCACUGCUGUGUUUACAUCUGUUAUUUCUGAUAAAUACGCAUUUUCUCUCAGUCGGUCUUGUCUACUCUACUUAUUCUAACUCUGUGAUGUCUCUGCAGCUUAAUUUUCAUCGGGGGAGCUGCAGAUUUGGAGACUUCAGACUUUGCCAGGGUUGCAAAGAUUUUCUACACCCUCGCUCUGAAGGUUUGCACAACAGAACUUGAUCCUCUUACUCGCUGUAACUGUCUGUUGUUGUCUCAGACUCUAUUUCUCUCUUUGUGUGUUUUUGUCUAUUUCUGCUAAGAAGACAAUCUUUUAUUUGAUUCUUAUUAUUAUAACCAAGUUUGGAAAACACUUUUUUUUUAUUGUUCUUUCACUUGUAAUUACAAAUUUCGUUUAAAAGACAGUGUUUAAUGACAGUGUCAUUAAUAUUUCAGACUCAGUUUUGAAGCUCUCACUCUGUUAAGUUUCUAAAGUUACUUCUGAUUUACCAUAAUGUCAGAUUUUGCCUGCACAGUUAUCUCAUAAAAACAUGUUUCAGUUUAAACCAUCUGGCAGAAAGAAUUGUGCUUCAAUAAAUCACAUAAACAAUCCAUCAGUCCAUCAUUAAAACUAAAACCCAUUGUGUGCUUCAGGCCAAUGACAAAGGGGAUUUCUUCCCUAUCUGGGGUACCUGUAUGGGCAUGCAGCUCCUGACUGUCCUGGUGUCCGGUGAAAACCUGCUGACAAAAACUACAGCUGAGAACAUAGCACUGCCACUCAACCUCACCACAGGUAAGACCUCACUGCAUUACCAUGUAGCUUAUUUUUAAGCAAUACAAGUGCUUCUUGAAUUAAGACAUGUCCUUAAUAGAUAAAGAUGGAGCAUUUCAUGGGCAUGUCCUGAAUUUGACCGCUGGGUGUCAGUAGAAACAAGUUAACAGAGGAGGUUUUAGCCCCGAAUGGCAGCAUCUGUGACCACCAGCAUGUUAUUUCUGAUCAUUUUCGUGUCCUCAUCCUAUUAUAAGGGGAUUUUUUAAUGCUAUUUUGUAUAGCUAAAGCAAUUUAGGGUUCACAUGCUCACAUCUCCACCUCUGUCCCAACAGAGGCCAGCUCCAGUCGGAUGUUUGCAGGUCUCUCUGAUGAGCUCAUGAAGGCUUUAGCUGAAGAACCCCUGACAGGCAACUUCCACCACUAUGGGCUUACAGUCAAGGUAAUACCAUCUAUUAAAAUAAUUCACCUUAUUUCAAAGCAAACAAACUAGAUUCAUAAUAUCUUGGGGGAGGUGAGUUUAAGCCAAAAUCUGUACUUUCAGUCAUAAUGCUCAUAAGCCUGUGGACUCUCAUUUUGAAGCUCAGUCUCUCUUUAGAUGAGAAUCUGAACAAAUGAAAGAACCCUGCAGGAGGGUUUUGAGAGCAAGCAGGGUCAUAUGAGGACAGAAGCUGUGAGAUAUAAAAAAAAAUAAGGCCAUUUAAUUUCCUCUGGGUAAGAAAAUAACCGUCAUUUAACUGCUAAAUGUCCUUGGACACAAAGCCAGGAUGAGGAGUUAAAUUUCUUCUGAUAUUUGAGGCUGUAACUUAUUAACAGUUUGUAAAAUUGUGUUAGCGUAAUCCAUGGGUAAUCAGCUAAAGAAGAAUUUCUUUGUCUGAAAAGCGUAAGUCAAAUCCUAGCAUGAGCCACAAAUAAAGAUUCACAUCAUUCUAGACUGAAAAAAAAAAAUCCCAGCACUGCUCUCACACCCCAAAGUCAAACAAGGACGCGUCUCAACCGUCAGGCUUAUGUAUUCACAGAUGCACAGUAGAUGGCAGUAUUCAAUUAGCUGAGUUGCUUGAGCGGCUCACAAAAAGUUCAGGUAAAUCCUUCUCUGUUGACAGACAGCAUUGAUUGUUAUCCAUUUCCCCCCUCUGGUGAUUUGCUUCAAUUUAGAGCUGAGAAAUAAAAUCUGAGAUUAUCUGGUUGUUACAACAUCAAAUCAAAUCAACAUCCCAGAGCCUCUGUUACACAAUAACAGAGUGACUCUUUUCAAUCAGUAGAAUUCUAAAGAGCUAAAUAGAAGCCUGUUAAUGAAUUAUGUGAAGAUGAAGGAUUUAUAAGUUUUGCUUUACCAGCAAAAAAACAAGUUUUUUUAUUUAUUUAUUUUUUUAAUUAGAUAUGGUUCAGUUUCUCAAGAACACAAGAACACAAGUUUUGUGCUUCAGCUGUUUAAAACACAUGCUUUAUACAGAUAAAAUAGCAGAAUAUCUUGUCACUUGAAAUAGAUUGAUCUUCUAAAAUCAUCAUAAAGUAAUAUGAGAAAUGUGAUUUCAGGCUUUCCAGGAAAAUGAAAAGCUGCAGAGUUUCUUCACAGUGUUGUCUACAAACAUAGCUUUGAAUGGAGCUGUCUUCAUCUCUACAUUAGAGGGUAACAAGAUUGAUUUUCUCUUAAUUUGACAAUCUUCAACUAUUGCUGCAUUGUUAUAACAGUGAUAGAGGGUGUUUCUUUCUUUUUUUGUAGGUAAAAAAUACCCCGUCUAUGGAGUCCAGUGGCACCCAGAGGUGAAUCGUUUUCAGUGGGACAGUAAGCUGAACUUUCCUCACUCCCCUCAUGCUGUUCAGUUAUCUGCUCGGCUGGCUGAGUUCUUCAUUCAAGAAGGUACGAUUAUUAAUGCCUGUUAUCAAUAAUAUUUGCUGCUUUUUUCAGUGGAAAUUAUUUGUUGCUGUGGGAGAACAGCGCACAUUUGAGUCUAUUAGAGAAUAUGUCAAACUGUUGAUACACUGCAGUAUAACAGAUUUAUUAUUAUUUUUGUACUUAUAUAUGGCAUUUUGGAAAUAAAUAUACACACUUUAUGUAAUUAUUGCAUCAAUCAGAUACAGCACAUUUCUGGGUAUUUUCAACAAAGACAUACAGUAUAUAUAUGGUUAUUAUGUACACUAACAGUAGAGUAUCCAAUAUAUUAACAUAAACUUAUUAACUGCUAUGAGCAAAAACAGACUAAAAUGAAUGAGAUUAAAAACAAAUGUCCAAUUAAAUAGCACUGUAUGGAAAUCUCAGUAUAACUUAGUUCAGUAAAGCUCAGACAACUAUGUUUGCAUGUGCUCUUAUUAUUUCCCCUCUGGAGAUAACUCAACCAGUCUAUUUUUUCUGUUCUCAGUAAUCUCUGUAAAUCACAUGAAUCUCACUUCUGCUUUGUUUAGGAAGGAGAAGUUCUCAUCAUUUCGACUCUCCGGAGGAAGAGGCCUCCUCACUCAUCUACAACUACACACCUGUCUAUACUGCAAACUUUACAGGAUACGAACAGGUCUACUUCUUCUGA